AUGCAACGUACAGUGGAUGAUCUUGAUGUGACAGCGCCUCAAAGGAGGAUCGCCCACUACCGCGGUGCCGCCCGCGUGUCAUUAGAUAUCCUCGAGUAUGAUGGCAAGCGCUUACAGCCAUCCGACAGCCAUUAUGCCUCCAUUUUCCAGGAAAUCCAGGAAAAGCGGUCCUAUUCGGAACACCGCAUUCCAGCUAUAGUUGACUCGUGCACAUUCGAGGCGGCGAUUGGUCUGUCUGGCACGUCAAGGGAGUCGCUGCUGGCGACUCCUCAAUUGCACCUGCCUUUCCUUCAUCUUCCAGGUGAAACGUACCUCGAAUGUCUUCGCAUUCCAAGCGAUGUUCUGGCAGCGAUCCAGGCACUGCCUGGUGACGACGCGUGGUGGGGAGUAGAUCUGUUCGUCGCUGACACGGAUGAGACGUUGCGAAGGGCGUUGUGCGUGCAAUUUACCAAGUCGCCGGGUAUUUCAGAUGGGGAGAUUUACCUGAAGGUGCGCCACUACCAAGAUCGAUACGCGCAGACAAGAGACCUGGAAGACCGAGCCUCGGAGGUGUAUUGGUGGGCACAACUUUCAUAUAACAAACAGGAAAACCUGCAACGCCUGUUUGCGACAAGCAAGAGUGAUUACUUUCGGGCAUUCGAUGCUUUGCGGGUGAUUCCCGGUCUAUGGCCGGGGUUUCAGAUCUCAGCGCUAAAAACCAUAUUAUACCUGGGAGCCAAGAAGGAAAUAUUGAACUACGUUGGCACGAUUUUGCACACUUGGGCGACAAUCUUAGACGGGAGACGAGACUGGAUGAGGGACACAGACUACAACACGGUCCAGUUACUACAGUCACGAGUACCAGCUAGAUGCGCGGACGACUGCCGGGUGUUGGAGGAGUGUGACCACCAACUAUUCUCCGGCAUCAGAGACCAACAGAACCGCAAUCGGAUCUGGGAGAAUCUCAGGAGGAUCGAUAACUUGAUUCCGUCGUGGUAUACGUUCUUUGAGGACGCAAAUUACUUUGCCAUCUGUGCUCGGGUCAUGAAGAGACUUCUCGUAAAUUCGGGAGGGCGUAUUUCAUCUAUUCGUCAUCGUCUUCGCACAAUAUACGAUGGCUCAAAUCAAGAGGAGGGCCUCGUCCGGUUACAAGUGGAUGAGGGGUCGUUCUACACGUAUCGUGGUGAUCGGAAUACACAGAUACGACUCGGUACGGUUCAGCUCUGGCUCUUUGUGUGGCGACAUUGGACUUCGCUGGCAGUCCAAUGUCCGCGAAAAGAGGGGCGACAGCCCACACCGGUGCCGACGCCGCCGAAUGAAUAUAUGUGGUCCCAACUUGCCUCAUUGGCCUUUGAGCUAGGAUUCAACGCACCGGAAAUCGAGCGGCUACGAAAUCUGGCAGUCGAGCCCCCCCCGGCCAGGGAGGAUACGUCUGCAGCGCCAGACUUAUCACUCUACUUGAGUGGCGCAGGAGAAGGCAUUCGGAGAAGGUGCGGACGUCCAUUUGCCGACGCUCAGAAUUUUGUCCGCCCGGCCUUUUUCCUGGGCAUCAUGCUCCCAACGACCGCAGAAGGCGGACGUGGAAUCAGCCCCUUGUUUGUCAGAGUGUCGAUGUUCCAGGCUUUUUUCAGCAGUCUCCUCCACAACGGUCUCGAUGGGCUCGUGCGCAUUAAUUCGCAUUUACAACACUUUCCACGUGUGGUCGACGGACUGAACCAGUCUCCUGACCAGGGUAGGAUGUAUCGGCUGCAGCGCGAAAACGAUGACCUACGGGAGGAAAUCUUGCGUCUCCAAACGGUUGAGCAGACCUUUUACGAUUCCGUCGAGCAGCUACAACAAGCCGAACAGAGAGUCAUCGAUGUGACAGCGGCUAACGAUGAAGUUCGUGCUCGCAACCAUAGCUUGGUCGAGCAAGUCGGAAAUCUGUCAGGCGUUACUGGCCAAAGUCUUCUGGAAGGACGGAUUGCCGCACUUGAUCAAGAUCCCAUCUUUGGGCGGGGGAACGAGAGUGCCUUGACUCGUUGCUCUGCCUGUGAAGUGAAGGAUACCGAACUUCGGAAUCUUCGAGCUACUGUUUCACGGCAUACCGAACAAGAUCGCUGUAUACUGGAACUUCAGGCGGAACUGAGUCGUUCUCAACAAUGCGAGGCGGACCUGCGCGUAGACUUGUCGUCAUUACAGCGGGAGAAUCUUGAAACGCAGAACCAAGCCAGAAUGUGGGAAGAGCAGAAUGCUAUUCGCCUUUCUUCCUUGCAGCGCCUCGCUGCGGAGCAAGGCCGCGCUCAGGAUCAGGUCACUGCGUUACGAGCACAGAAAAGACAUCUCGAGAUCAAGAUAUCUCGCUUAGAGUGUGGAGAAACGACCCAUAAACGGAGGAGGUUGUUGCGUUCUUCAUCCAGCCUACAUUUACGGGGGGGUCAAGAUCGGCUGGCUCAAGCCAAUUUAGAAGGAAGACGCCUUGGCACGAUCGAAGACCCAGAACGCGAAUCUGAACGAGCGAACAUGUCAGAAAUGUCAAGUUUGUUCCACCAGCAGGACCCAACCCCGGGACCUGCCACGGGCCCUUUACCAACCCAAAGUGUUCUUGUCCCCAAUUCUCGGAGAGACCUCGGAGAGCUAUCCUUCAGCAGUCGGGUUGUCGCAGACCAGAUGUAUGGCUCUCGUGCAAUCGAGUCACAGGUCGAUGGCAAACACACUACCUCUACGAAUACGGAACUACAGCCGAAUCCAGUGGGCCAUGCCGAUAAUGAUCGUUUCGAGCUUCAACGUAUGCUGACACGGCGGCAUCCGAGCCGACCAUCCUCGUGCUCAACCAACUCUCAUGAUGACUGGCUUCAAAACCAGAAUGCAGAGGUAACACACGGAACUUCUGCGACAUCGCCUCUCAAACGUUGGGGGGUUAUUUGGCCUGAGGGGCAUUUGCCAAUCAUAAUACGAUCCAUCACCACCGUUAGAGGACACCCAAGAGUAGUCGAUCAAACACUGCAACUGGAUCGAUCGGACUUGGAGAAAAUAUGCGAAAAAUACAUACAGAAGGGAUUUUUAUUAUUCAGUGAAACUGGAAAGGCCUUGCACCCGUGUAGAAUUUGGGAUGCGGUAAAGACCUGCGGACUAAUGGCAAUUCUUCUCAUCCCUCGAAGCGAGAUCGUCACACGUGAGCGUGAGCGUGAGCGGAGUAUGCUUGUAUGGGACAGCGGACUUUUCACCGCCAUGAAUGAGUCGCCCAUUUGCGCCGUCUCAGCCCACCAUGGGCAGUACACUGAUGACUGA